GCGCCUGUACGUUUCUCUCCACGAUGUCUAGUGCUGUCGACCUUGUAGGCAGACCCUUUGCGGUCUUAGAAUCAGAUCCCGGUAGCUUCACCAUCCUCCUACGCAAGCUCGGCUUGCAGCAUCUCGAGGUCACGGAAAUCUACUCUAUUGAGCCAUGGGCAACCGCCCACUUGGAACAUGAGAUCCGUGCACUCAUCUUUUGCUAUCCAUGUCCUGCAGAUAGCCAGCGAGACUCUAGCGCCAGCGCUGUGAACUUCGAAGAGGAACUUGCAGACCCGGAUGCAGAGGAUGUGUGGUUCGCUUACCAGCUUAGCGUGGAUGCCUGCGCUUCCCAAACAAUUUUAAAUGUGUGUCUGAAUAUGGAGGACGUCUCAUUUUCUGCGCAGCUGCGCGAUUUCCAUAAUAAUACCCUCAAGAUGGACCCUUUGAUGAGAGGAUUAUCAUUCACAGACUGCUCGUUCAUACGAGAUGCACACAAUUCCAUGGCUAGGCCAGUAGAUAUCCGCGCAGCAGAGCAUGCUCUCGCAAGGACCACGCUUGAGUACGCCAAAACCCUCAAAGCACGGCCUGAGGGCUAUCCAGCCAAGCGUCGCAAGCUCGGCACGCCUAAGAAGUCGCAGACGAAACAAAGCGCGAGCGACUCGCAGGAGCGCGAAGAUACCUUCCACUACAUCGGAUACGUACCGACGCACGGACAUGUGUGGGAACUCGAUGGGCUGCGUACGAAUGGGCCACUUGAUGUCGGCGAGCUGCCACAGGCGUCUGGAAGGCAAGGCUGGAUGGACAUCGUCCGGCCGGCGCUCCAGCGCAAGAUGCAUAGUGUCCAGGGCGUGGCUGACGGCCGGUACAACCUGCUCGCGAUCAUUGACGACAGGUACGAGAAGGCGAGCGACGCGUUGGAGAUGCUGAAACGUGAACGCAACGCGCUGGAGCGCCGGCUAGAUGAAGCAAAUCCUGAUGGCUGGAAGGACAAGGCGGACAAAGAGCUGGUGGAGAAGGCCGAUAAGGUAUUCGAGACGUCGUUGCAGUCGUCAGCGCCUGGGCAGACGUUUGUACGAGACUUUGGUGCGAGAAAAAUGGAGCUGGUCAUGCGCGUCUUGGACAUGCCUGAGCGCAACCUCGAUACAGCAUGGGGAAGCUGCGUACGGAGCGCGAUUGAAGGGAAAAGGGCCGUGGAAGAAGAGGUAACAAGUGCUAAACGAGCGAACACUGAGAACAUAAGUCGGACGCACGAUUACGAGGACUUCCUUCGGACAUUCGUGGGCUACAUGCACAGAGAAAGACUACUUGAUGCAGCUCUCUCGUCAAAGAAGGCAUGAUUGAACCCAGUAUGCCUCGACUAUCACCUGUCGUCCUUACGUUAGGCAUGCCUGCGUCGUGCUGAUUUUUGGUGCACGUCAUUUUGACGCUCCUCUGGGAUGAGGCUCUCUUCUCAGCAUGGUACUCAACCUUGUACUUCUCUACCACACUCUGAAUUGGAUUAUUUAGAUUUUAUCGUCUCAUACAUAUUUGCUUAGUCUUGCCGACAGACGGUCUCCC